GCAGCAGUGUGUGUGUGUGUGUCAGUGUGUAUGUGUCAGUGUGGGAGAAGAGCGGCUUAUUCAUUUGUUUGCGAGAAAACCGUCUAAACGAAUUAUUUUUGCACAAAAUAAUAUUUAAGGCUGCUUUGAUAACAAAGAAAUAAAAAGAACCACCACAGAGACGACAGCCCGCUCCUGGAGACGUCAAGACGGUCAGCAUGGUCGCCACGAGCACGUUAAAGACCAAGAGCAGCGAAUGCAUUUCAGAAUUGGUUGACAGAAGAUAUGACCAGGCUUGCAUUGAGAAAGAACUGGAUUUCUGGGACCACUGCUUGGCUGAACCCCAGAGGACCGUGGAUGUCACUGAAGACCGAAGCUGUCAACAGCUGGCCAAGAUGUUCGAGAACUGCCUGUCUCGAGCCAAGAAGACGACGCUCCACUGCUCCUCCGUGCUGGUACCAGAGAAGCUCACGCGGAGAAUAGCUCGCGAGGUCCUGCGGCUGGCGUCGUGCGAGCCCUGCGGCCUGCGCGGCUGCGUCCUCUACGUCGACCUGGAGCUGGACAAGGGCUGCAAGCGGCUGGAGCGCAUCGUAUACGAUGCCACCGUGGUGCCCACCUUCGAGCUGACUCUUGUGUUCAAGCAGGACGGCACCGCCUGGCCCAGCCUACGGGACUUCCUAUUCAUGGGAACCUGCUUUGCCCCGACUUUUCGCCACGUACUUAAACUGAGUCCAGGUUUCCGGCUGGUCAAGAAGAAACUGUACUCCUCCUCGGCUGGUACCGUGGUAGAGGAGUGCUGAACUAUAGGAGGGAUUGGAUUGGAAGAUCCGGUUUCCUGUGGGUAUACGCACCUCUGCCCAAAUGUAAAUGACACUUUGGUGGUGAUGUAUUUUCUACAGUUUUUUUGUACAAUUGUGUCAGAAUAACUAGUAGUUAAGUAGUCAGUUCAGUUUGGAACUUGGGAUGUAAAGUUAUAAACUUGUAUGCAUACUGUCUGACAGUUCUGGGUCUGGCUCAUGGUGUUUUUUUAAAUUUGCACAAUUGUAAUGAUCUGGAUGGUUAUUGGUUUUUCUAACCAGAGCACAAACUCAAUUUUAAAUUGUACAUUUUGUAAAUGAAUGUAAAACUAUGUUCAUGUCAAGACGUUUGAGAGGGACAUACUGUGGGUACACUUUAGUUCAAGACACUAGCGACUUUGUUGACCCAUCUGUGUUUCCAGAUGCGUUGAAUGUGUUCGGCAGCAGUAAACGCACCUGAAGAGACUGAAAUCUAGUCUUUUGGGGGCCAUAUGUAGCAUGUUGUGUAAUGCUGUGUUUAAGGGCUGCGGGUGAUUUAAAGACUGACUGUCUUGUGGAGAUGCUGCUGUCACGGUGUUUGCUACUUGCACUUGGGGAAUGUGGAUGCCUUAAAUGUCAUAGAAAUGUACAUUUUCUUUUCACUCUGAGCUGUGGGUGUGUAAAUAAACGGUUUUAUUCCAAUUUUAUUUUUAUACCCCCCCAGAGUUGCUUUCAAUGGCCUUUCUAGACUAUUAAAAAGAUGGUUCACAAAAAUGUAAAUGCUUACUUGAUUUUGUGGAAUUUGUUGACACGAUGGGCAAAGAAAUUACCGAAGGCCCAGCUUAUGCUUUGGGGUUUCUGGUGAACUUCUUUGUUUUAAUACAACUUGAACUUCCUGUUGAAGGAAACUUAAGUGUUGUCUAUUGGACAAUAAACAACCUUAACAUUUUUAUUAUACAUUUG